AUGAUCGUUACCGCCGCCAGUGGAGCCUUCAACGGCGCAGGUGCAGAUCAGGCGCGUGACUGGGUGGACUUCGUCAUCAAUGUCGACGUCGACCCCGCCAAGAAGCACGAUCUCUUCCACUACGUGUCUGUCGCGCGGCUGCUGGCCGAGACGGGAGGCAGCAUCGCGCCAGCCGGCUUCGAAGACCCUCGCAUGCGGGACAUGAUCAAGGCGAGCAUUCCCGUUCACGCCACCCCGUAUGCCACCGAACAGGACGACCCGUGGAAGAGCUGGAAGGUCUCGCCGGCACAGAUUGUCUUGGCACUCAAGGUGCAGGGGGCGCGCGCGAAGAAAGCCUCGCCAGGACCAUCGGUGCCACCAGAGGUGGCCCACAACAACAAAGAGCUCUCGGGCAUGGCUGAAGCAGUGAAGCAAUUUGCGGAACUUCAGUCGCAGGCGCUGCAGAAAGGGAAGCCGAAAGGACUCAGUUUCAAGUUGCAGGACCGGAAACUCGAGCUGGGCAUGCAGCAUUUCGCCAAGGAUGCACUCCCGUCAGAGGAGGUCCUCGCGAAGUUCGAGGCGGCGGGGAAGAUCGCGCACGACAAAGGCAGGCCGUGGGUCGGUCUGCUGAGGGAGCGGGCGAAACAGAGCGCUGCCGCCAAGCGGAACAUGGCGUGGAUGGACAAAGUCGACUACGCUGGCUUUGCCACGUUCAUGGGCCACUUGCACGAGUGGGGAUUCAAAGUAAUCCUCACCAAGGCAUGCAGCAUGGCUGACUUCCUUGCGCACGCCCACAACAUCGUGCGAAUCGCCGAGGAACACGGUGGAGUCAGGACAGCUUAUCAAUACGAUGUUCUCCAGAGGAGGGCCAUGGCCAGGGCUCUGGAGGAAGACGUCGUAGAUUUGGCGUCUUACUUCGCCAAGAUCGAUCGUGAAAACCUAGCUGACGCCAAAGACAAAGUAAACAGAAGCUUCGCGGAGGCUGGCCGGGCUGUGACGGCUAAAGGGCAGCAGUCGAAGGGUCAGCCCAAAGGCUGCGCCAAGGGCGCCGCCGACAAGGGCGGCAAGGGGAGCAAGAAGAGCUCCGACGGCACAGAGGCUGACAACCGGCCUGUCCGGUCGCCGGCCAAGCGCCCCAAGGGCACGGCGGGCACCGAUUAUCAGCACAGGUCUCGCAGCCCCCGCUCCGGCAAUCAGCAGUACCAGUUCAAGGUCAAGUGA